CAAAUAUGAUAACCAAAGAGAGACUAAGUGACAAUGCGUUACUAGGCAACAUAUCGACGAAUUCCAGCUUCGGACAACAUACUAAUUUGGAUGGCGAGAGUAACGAAAAUGACGCUACUGUGAAUAGUACCAACCAUCCGUCGCAGGAGUAUAAAAGAAGUGACGAAAGCAAUGGCAAACAUCAAUCGACCGAGCAGAAAACCGAAAGUUCUAGUCACAGGAUACGGAUUACGGGACUGCUAGCCACCGAAGACAGCUGCAACGCAGUGGACAACAAGAUAGUUGCAGAGGACAAUGUAGAAGAGGACGCGGGUGGCUCGUCCGUGGACAGUGAUCUUUCUUUCAAUGGAAAAAUUAACAAUUUGAAGAACGACCAUGGUAGAGCACCUAACAACACAGUGUUUACUCUCAAUGCUGGCGUUGGUCAGGGCACCGGAUGCGAACGCAUUGAUACCACAAAAAGCAUCGAUACAGAAAGUAUCGCCGAGAGUAAAGAGGCAGGAACCGAGCACAAUCAGCAACAGAAGAAGCAGCUAAAUGCUUCGGCAGAAAUAUUGGCGAAAGAAAACAGCUCCUGGAUGCACUACAACAACGAAAAGUCUCCGGAUUUGUUUGCUGAUGAUGAUACGGUCGAUGCCGUUCAAAACUACGACACUGACGGCAAGAUUGACCGAGCAGAUGAAUGCGAAGAGCUGAAAAGCGACACCUUGCGACGAUCGAAAUCAUGGAACAGGUCCGGACUGGGACCAGCCGAUUUGGAAUUUCUUGACGACGCAGAUCGCAACGAUCAUGUUGAACGUAUUCUGCUCAAACGUUUGCAAGGGUCGCUUUCUGGAGUUCCACCGCCACCCUCUCUCACCUUCUCGCAUAUCGAAGUCGACCACAUGUUGACGCUGUACCACGAAAACUCGCUCCAAUAUUUCACUGCCGCUGCCAACGAAAACCCCUUGAACAGUAGAGAACAUCAAUGCCUCAGCAAACCAACGCACACCACUGACCAGCUGCCAUCGAUCGGAUGGCCCGAACUUUUGCAGUAUCGUGCGCAUGGAGUGCAUUACAACAAAUCAACCGUGACGGAGAAACUGGAACUUCUUGGACUGAAGUAUGUCGAACGGUACAUAGGCGCUGAAACUAGUUCGUCGUUUAAUGUGACCAAGUCGCCGACGAGUGCGAAAAAACGGAACCAACGCAUGAAGAUGUUGAAUAAAUCGCCUGGCAACCGUCUGAGCCAUUUGGCGAAAAGGCGUGCCAUUUUUUCGUCGGCGAAUCUUUUGAACAGCAGUGUUUGUGGCAAAGCCAACGACAGCAUUGCGGGGAACGGUCCCUUAACCGCCACUUCCCUAUCUAGAUUGAAUUCAUUCCGACUGUGCAAUAGACAGGUGCUCAUGGAUCCCAAAAAAUCCGACAACCGACGCAAAAAUAAAAUUAAAACCCCAAAACGUCGUACGCCCGGACUUGCAAAGCCGUCACCUCGCCGCCGAACACCGGGAUCGUCGGCAAAAAAACUUACACUUCCGGCUGCUAGUUCAAGUGCGCGAUCCUCGCAACAGCUGCACGUACCAGCAACAAGAGAAUCGUCCAAACGUGCCCUGUUCCUUAGCCCACAGAACGGUUCAGCCACUUCCAGCCAAGAUCAGCAGCACCUAGCAGCUAGCCGUAGCAAACAAAUUAAUCGUUCGCUCUUUUCGGAGACGCGUUUGCAGAAGUCCAAACGCUCGCUAUUUUCACCUCAGAAAACUGGUGUCGAAAAUGAUAGCGAACGUUGCUCUGCUAAUCUAAAGCGACGGCGAUCGCCUGAAGUUGUCGACGAUAACGAGAAUGAACAUGGGCUUGGCGAACGAACGGAGAAAAUACGGCGCACGGAUGGCGGGUUAGCUGAGGAAGAUCUAACACCUCGCUCACUCAAGCUAGCGCGCAGCAAGAGCUUCUGCGUCGGAGCGCAAACCAUAAGGAGCGUGACAGCGCAAACGCAACCGGGAGGUGAACCAGGAGUCAGCGGUAAACCACUGUUUCGUGCAAACUCCGCCACAAUUCCUGAUGCCGGUAAUCGACCAGCGGUGACGCUCACGGAAGUUCAGAGACAGAAACUAUUUUGGGCUGUUUCCCAGGCGUUACAAAGUAAGCAGAUAUCGGUGAAGCACGAACUGUUCAAGGAACAUGCGUCCAGAUUGGUGCGGGUGGUGAAAAGACUGUUUUUAGAGUUUAACGAUCCCUUGAUCAGAAGUACGAGUGAGAAAUUGCUAAGACUGGCCAACAAGCAUGUGUACGAAGUGAUACAAGGCAAAAGUUGGGACGAUAUUUAUUUUCGCGAAAAGACGCGCAUACUGAAUGCGCGAAAUAUGACUAAGUUGAAGGGCUACAUCGGUCCGGACGAGUAUGAGAUGCACAAAUCGCAACGUGCCGUCUCCAUGGCCAGCAUAACAUCCCUGGACAGUGCAUCCGUCGAUCGUUCUUCACAGCUCAGUGCAAGCCAGAGUUGGGCCUCUUCACAAAUUUCGUCCGUUUGCGAUCUGUCCCAAGUUUCAGAGGCGAGCAGUGGGACAAGCGGUUUAAAAGCGCCGGCGCGGAACGUAAGCUUCAGUUCGGAUUGUGUGUCCGAAACAUGGGCUGGUGUUCCUACGACGACGGCUCUGAGAGAAAACAUCGACAGCGAACUUCGGCAACGGUCGUCAGCGCAAAAGCAGGCGUUCGCCUUCUCUGGGAGGGAUCAGAAAAACCUAAGCCCGUUUCGGGCGGACAAGGCGUCCUGCGGGAAUGUGCACACCCAUAACAACAAACUGCUGGUCGGUGGUGCCCUUACUUCUAGUAUCCUGAAGGCGAAACGGCAGAUAUCGUUCGAGUAGGCGAUGACUCUGAUAAGCUAUCUUUUGUUACCUACUCGUUAUCCAAGCAGGCGCUUCACUUUGCAUUUACACCUUUUUCUUACAUUAUGUGUGAUCAAUUAAUCAG